UAGAACGCCCGUCUACGGGCAGCAAGAGCUGUCAAAACGGUUAAUAGUAAACACAGAAGCGCGUUUGGAAAUGUUUUAACGUCUACGAUGUCGUUUUUCGUGACCAAGUACACUGGUCUUCACCGUGUCCUUCGUUUAGGGACAUAUGUGAGCAUAAAGCAGAUGCAGCCUUUGUGUAGAGAUGAAAGAAGGUAUAACAGCACAUCUGAAGAAAACAGACGAAUUCCCAAGAUCUACACAAAAACCGGAGACAAAGGUUUUUCCAGUACCUUCACAGGUGAGAGGAGACCAAAGGAGGAUCAUAUAUUUGACGCUUUGGGAACAACAGAUGAAUUAUCAUCAGCAAUUGGGUUAGCCAGAGAAUUUUGUAUUGACAGCGGCCAGUCAUUCACCGAUCAGCUGGAGAAGAUCCAGUGUGUACUACAGGAUGUAGGGUCAAAUAUUGCCACUCCCCGGUCAUCAGCUAGAGACAGUCAUAUCAAGAAGACUAAGUUCAGCUCCCUGGCUGUGAUUGAGCUGGAGAGGUGGAUUGAUUCGUUCACAGAGGAGCUGCCUCCACUCACCAACUUCAUACUUCCUUCAGGAGGGAAAAGCAGUGCAGCUUUACAUGUGGCCAGGGCAGCGUGUCGACGGGCUGAACGCUGUGUUGCCCCUGUUGUCCGUUUGGGUGAGACAGAUCCUGAAGUUGCCAAAUAUCUGAACAGAUUGAGUGACUACUUGUUCACUGUGGCUAGAUAUGCUGCAAUGAAAGAGGGCAAUGGAGAAACUAUCUACAAAAGACCUGAAUAGGGGAGGAAGAAAACAUGUCAGAGUCUCAUCUAGAACUUGGACCAUGUUGCUCUUGUUUCCAAGUCCUAGUAUAAAUGUCUAAAUACAAAAACAUUGGUCAGGUAAUUUGUCCCAGAGUACACUGUACUCUGUUUUUGAAAAAACUAUAGAGGGAACAAUAAACAUGUUUAUUCAGGAGAAUUUUUAACACUCUGUAGUCAUAUUUAGAUUGAGUUGCUAAAUAGUUUUUAAUGAAACUUUGUAUUAUAUUCAUGAUCCCAUAUUGUACCGUUAUGUAAAGUUAAAAAAGAGAAUUUUUAGGAUUUAGUUUUUUUUUUUCAUGUUUACUACAUAGAGCAACUACUAUGGUCAAAUUAUUGUGUAAUAUUACCAUCUGUA